AUGAGAAGGGAAGUUGUUAAGUUGGAUGGUGCUUCAUGGAAUGCUGUUAUUGGUGGGUGCUUGAAUAAUGGGCAGACGGAACAGACGCUGAAAAUGCUCGGACAGAUGAAAGAAUCAGGAAUUAAGCCCAACCAGAUCACAAUUACUAGUUUGUUACCAGCUUGCAAAGAUUUGGAGAGCUUAAGGGCAGGCAAAGAGGUGCACAGUUACAUCUUUAGGAAUUGUUUAAUGGAGGACUUGGCUACCACAACAGCUUUGGUUUUCAUGUACGCGAAAUGUGGUGAGUUGGAACUUUCUCAGAGGGUCUUUGAUAUGAUGCCAAGAAGGGAUACAGUUGCUUGGAAUACGAUGAUCAUCGCAAACUCGAUGCAUGAGAAUGGAGAAGAAGCCUUGUUGCUAUUCAGAAAAAUGUUAAGACUCCGGGCCAUUCUCGGGCUGGUUGGUGAAGGCAUCAUGGUUUUUUAUUCAAUGAGGAGGGAUCACUCAAUAGAACCUGAUGCAGAUCAUUACUCAUGCUUGGUUGAUGUGCUUAGCCGUGUUGGUCGCCUAGUAGAGGCAUAUCAGUUCAUACAAAGAAUGCCAAUGGAACCUACUCCCGGUGCUUGGGGAGCAUUGCUUGGUGCAUGCAGAGUUCAUAAAAAUGUAGGCUUAGCGAAAAUUGCAGCAAACAAGCUCUUCGAGAUUGAACCAGAUAACCCUGGCAACUAUGUGUUGUUGUCCAACAUUUUAGUCACUGCCAAGCGAUGGGAAGAAGCUUCAGAAACUAGGAAGUUAAUGAGAGACAGAGGAAUCGCAAAAACACCGGGUUGUUCUUGGGUUCAGCUGAAGAAUAGAGUCUACUCUUUUGUUGCCGGUGAUAGGAGUAAUGAGCGAAGCACGGAGAUAUACAAGUUUCUGAUUGACAUGGGUGAGAAGAUGAGAUUGGUAGGGUAUGUCCCCAACACUGAUUUUGUUCUGCAAGAUGUGGAUCAAGAGGACCUUUGCAACCACAGUGAGAAACUUGCUGUUGCUUUUGGGAUACUCAAUUUGAAUGGCGAAUCGACAAUACGGGUAUUCAAGAAUUUAAGGAUAUGUGGGGACUGCCAUAAUGCCAUCAAGUUCAUGGCCAAGAUUGUUGGUUUGCAGAUUAUUGUUAGAGAUUGUUCUUGUAGAGAUUUCUGGUGA